CUGAGCGCUUAUUUGUCCAACACAAGCGCUUUAUAGAAAUUCCACUGAGGGAUUUAAGUUUUUUUUUUUUUACCACAAUAAUAACAUGAUUACCGAUUUUUAAUUACAGAGAAAAACUUUAGGCCUACCAGAUAUCCAUAAAAAAAUGAAUAAAUAAGUUUCUCUGUGGCACAACCUUCAGAAAAUGUUGUGGACUUUAAUUACAGCUGGACGUAAAAAGAUCCAGUUAGGCAUGUUUCUUCAAGAAGGGAAUACUGAGUCCUAAGUCUCCGCCGAGAAAGGUAGGCAAUGCAUCUUCAAAGCGGACCAUGACCCUACUGUGUUGCGCUUCUAACAACCAUUAACCCUUGCAUUGAUCAUUUGCAGUGAUGGAAUCAUUGUACAGCUUCGAGGUGUGACAACCCCAUUAUAAAAACUGGAGUCCAUACAAUACGACUAAAUUAAAGGAUCUUCACCCAACUAGCAAAUAAUUUCAAGGGAGUGCAUAAUGUUCUGCCUGACAAAUUGAAUUAUUGAAAACAAUAAUUCCAAAUAUACCGCUUUAAUAGUGCAUUCAAAUUACUUUGAUGAAACUAGUUUCCAACUGCUGCAGAGACCUUCAAAAUGGGAUUUUCGGAUAUUUUGGACGAGAUUGGUGGGUUUGGACGGUUCCAGUGGAUUCACGUCACAUUAUUGUCCAUUCCUGGUCUACUUAUGGCAAGCCAAAAUCUGCUUAACAACUUCGCAGGCGGGAUUCCAGGACACCACUGCACAAUACCAAACAUCUCCAACCGCACAAAUGAUCAGAAUAUCACUGCGGAACAACUCAGUACAGAUCAACUUCUUCGCGCAUUUAUUCCAGUCGACAAGAGGUCGUCCAAGUUUACAAAAUGCACAAGAUAUGUAGAACCGCAAUGGCAUCUAGCAGGUGUGAACAUCACUGGAACAAAUUUUACUGAGCCUGAGACGGAGACUUGCCUAGAUGGAUGGACUUACCAAAAGACUGAAUUUAUCUCCACAAUAGUAUCAGAGUGGGAUCUGGUUUGCACUCUGCAACCUCUGAAGCAGAUGACUCAGACCAUUUAUAUGGGUGGGGUGCUUUCAGGUGCAAUCAUAUUCGGGGGCCUAUCAGACAAGUUUGGUCGAAGGGCCUUGCUCAUUUGGUCUUAUUUCCAGCUGGCAGUGCUGGGAACAUUCACAACCUUCGCAACCUCCUACGUGGCCUACUGUGUGUUACGGUUCUUGUCAGGCAUGGCAGUGUCUGGGAUCAUCCUCAACGUAGUCUCCCUCAAGGUGGAGUGGAUUCCCACUAAGACACGCACUCUGGUGGGGACACUGACUUCCUUUUUCUUUACCUUUGGCCAAAUGAUCCUGGCAGGCGUAGCAUACAGUGUGAAGGACUGGCGAAAGCUGCAUGUAGCUGUCUGCUCCCCCUACUUCGUCUUUGCCCUCUACAGCUGGUGGUACUCGGAGUCUGCUCGCUGGUUGGUGCUGAAUGGCAGAUCUGAGGAGGCCAUCAAACAAAUUCACAGAGUGGCCAGAAUUAAUGGCAAGCCAGAAAUGGUGGAAAAGAUCAAUAUGGAGUAUUUGAAAUCCCACAUGCACAAAGAGAUGCAGUCCAGUAAGACCACCCACACUGCAUAUGACUUACUGCGCACCCCUGUGAUGAGAAGAAUAUCAAUAUGCCUUGUGGCUGUCUGGUUUUCCACAAGUUUUGCCUAUUAUGGGUUGGCCAUGGAUUUGCAAAAGUUUGGAAACAUCUACGUGAUGCAGUUGAUAUUUGGAGCUGUGGACUUCCCUGCCAAGCUGAUUGCUCUGGCGAUGCUCAGCUACCUUGGACGGCGUAUCACCCAGGCCUCGUGCCUCCUCAUCUCUGCUGUACUCAUCUUUGCCAACAUUUUCAUCUCUAAAGAAUUCCAGACGGCUCGGACGGUGUUGGCUGUUCUUGGGAAAGGUUUCACCUCUUCCUCUUUCACCUGUGUCUACCUGUUCACUGGGGAACUGUACCCCACUGUCCUCAGACAGACAGGCAUGGGGUUCACCUCCACCAUGUCCAGGAUAGGUUCCAUGGCGGCCCCCGCUGUUCUGAUUCUGGAUGAGGUGCUGCCUGCCCUGCCCAGCAUCGUCUAUGGAGGGGCUGCCGUGAUUGCUGGAGUUUUUGCCUUCUUCCUACCUGAGACACUCAAUGUUCCUCUACCUGAAACUGUAGACGACGUAGAAGAAAAAUGGUCAAAAAAGCCGCACGUACAGAAACAGAUUGAAAAGGAGAGUGUGGCCCUACAAGACAUGAAAGAGGGAGGAGCAGAAUGUGAAGACGGGAAAACUUCUGGACUUAAUGCUUUAUGAAUACUGGCAUAUGUACAUUAACAUAUUGACUGAUAUAAGUUUAAUGGAAA